AUGAUGUUGCUUUCGAUUUUGGUUUUGACGUGUUGCUGGACGCUUGGCUCAUCGCAAAAUUUAGCCGGGGUUGAGUAGAUUCUGAAAUUAAAUGCUUGAGUUUAGAGAAAAAAAGACAAAAAAGAGAAAAAAAAUCUGUAAAUGGGACUUUUGCGCUCCAUCGUACUUUGUUCUGAGAAUGGGUGUUUUUUACGCACAUCGAAUUUCGUCGUUUAUCUGUUUUCUACUUUCACAACUUUUUAAAAAGGUUUUUGUGUCAUGUGAAAUUCUGAAGGGUCAUGACAGAAUCUAGGUUGCUACUGGAAGCUUGGAAAAUAAUUUAAUUUCCGAAAUUUUGUCAUAUCGAAAAAAUUAUUCAUAGUUUUCUCAUUUUUUCAAAAAGCUAAUUUUUUUUGCAAAGUCUGUUAUUUUCUUCAACAUAGAUUUCUUACAGCUCUCUCGUUCGGCGGCUACCAUUUUUGAUCGCUCAGUAGUGCCGGGAAGGUUUUUUUCUUUCUAAUUUUUCAUUGUACACAUUUUUUCAGAUUUGUACGGCAAUGUAACUGCAAUGAACAGGCUAUGUGCGUGAAUACCAUGCAAUAUCAAGGCAAAAGUUGCUCGGAUCGGUGCUUCAACGUCUUCAGAAUGGUUUUUUCUCUUUAUAAAGCUUUGCUGUUCAAAUAUAUUAAUGUUUCCAAUUAAGAUAACAAAUCGACCCGAUCAACUGCAACGAUGCGUUCAAAUGACCUUCCCCCAACUGAAUGGAUUCAUAUCGUGUGUUACGAGGAAUAUGGGAAGGUUGGUCAAUUUUAGAAUUUUUUCUAUGCAAAACUGAAAUUUAUAAGGAAAAAUAUCAAUCUUUCCUAGUUAAAGUAAUUAUAAAGCUCCUCUCAAUCUUAAUAUUUUUUUCAAAAUCAUUAACUUUUUUUUUACGAGAGUUUUCUCAACAGAACUCAAUUUUCCUGGAAGAUCAAGGCUAUCGGUCUAUAG